AUGUUAGCACUUGACGAGCUUCAGGCACUCUCAGAGGUCGACCCGGAGUUCAAGCCAAUACUAGAAUCAGGUAGUCCCUUACUGGCCGGAUGGACACAUGAGACCGACAUUUUCGCCAUUAGACGGGCCAUUGAGCAGAUGCGACGGGAGCAGGGGAGGCCUGAUCCAGCUUCGCUCCCGCAUGUCGAGGAAGACAUUGAAAUUCCUGUGCGACAUGGCCGCAACACGGCAGCCAGGGCGUAUCGACCCCGCAAGGCGAUCCCCGAUGGCUGUCCGGGUAUGGUCGUCUUCCAUGGUGGCGGCUACCUAGUAGGCGACUUUGAAACGGAAGCGUGGCUCUGUGCCUUGUUUACCACGCUCGGCGGAAUCGCUGUAAAUGUGGACUACAGGCACGCCCCGGAACAUGUGUUUCCCGCAGCCAUUCAUGACGCUUUUGAUGCCACAGUCUGGGUUUCGCAAAACGCAGAGAAACUGGGCAUCAACCCGCAAGAGGGCUUCAUAGUAGCGGGAGAGAGCUCAGGCGCCGACAUGGCCCUGGUUGUGGCUCACAUGUGCCGCGACUCGGCAAUGACGCCGCCACUCACUGGCAUCUAUGCGCCGAUGCCCGGGGGUGUGAGCAAUGAGACGGUGCCGGCCAAGUAUGCGGAUCGAUUCGUCAGCAUCGUGCAAAACUCGCAGGCGCCAAUGUUGUGGUCCGAGUCUAUUGAUUUCUUCCGAAAGCUGUACGAGGUCGAUCUGAUGAGCCCCCUGGCCUUUCCCAUCGUCUUUGACCAUACGGGCGUGCCUAGGACCUACUUCCAGGUCUGUGGGCUCGAUCCAGUCCGAGAUUGCGGGCUUGUCAUGGAGCAGGCAUUCAAGGACGCGGGCGUCGAGACAAGAAUGGACAUAUACCCGGGAUUGCCCCACGCGUUCUGGGGGUUCUUCCCGCAGCUGACGGCAACGAAGAAGCACGGCCGAGACUCGGAGGAGGGCCUGCGGUGGUUGCUAGGACAGUGA